AUGGUAGAUAUCAUUCCUACAAGGUCGAUAUCAACAUUUUUUGCCAGUAUCCUGUCCACCAUGCCCUUCUCCUCUUCUGCGUCUACAUCUAGUGAAGUUGAAACAAAUGAAGUAGCUGCAUCAACUGAAUCAACUGAAUCAACUACAUCAACUGAAUCAACUACAUCAACUGCAUCAACUGAAUCAACUACAUCAACUGAUUCAAUUACAACAACUGAUUCAACAGAGUCAGCUACCACAACUACGCCAACUACGCCAACUACAGCAACUACAUCAUCUGAAUCAACUACACCAACUACCACAACUACCACAACUACACCAACUACACCAACUACAACAACUACAACAUCCAAAUCAUCUGAAUCAACUACAACAACGGCAUCGACCGAAUCAACUACACCAACUGAAUCAAGCUCUUCAGAGAAUUUGGAGCAACCAAAGAGCACCACCGAAACCGGACCAACGACGACUGGUACAGACCUUCCACUUCCAACCUUUGCUUGCACAAAUAAUAUCACGGGAUUUCAAGCAUGUGUUCACGAAGCACAAACGCCAGAUUGGUAUUGGUGUGUUCUAGAUGAAUGGGUCUUUCAAACUUGUGCACCCGGAACAGUCUGCAGACAAGGUGAUGAUGGAGGAGUAUAUUGUGACUUUCCAUAAAAUAAACAAAGGAAAAGGACC